AUGGAAGAAAGUGGGAUGAUCCAAGUGGUUAUUAUUGGAGUAAAUGCUUUCUUGAGCAUUGAAAUAUAUGAAAUUUGGGAUUUUAGUUCAUCGUCUGUUACUGAAUUUACUUGUCCAUUGAAGAGGAUAUUAGGAUUUUGGGAUUCAGGAAUUAAGUGUGUUGACAUGGAUAAUUCGGGUUUAGGAGGUCGUUUUUUGACUGGUCCAAGUGGUGAUUUGUUAGACCUUGAGUCACCAAUUCAUAGACACCAACAAUCCCAGUUAGGUCAUCCCUCACUAGCUCACCAACAUCAGAUGAACUUAAUGGGUUGUUUCGAUAAUGAUCACCAACCAAUUGGACUGAUGGAAGUGAAAGGGUCAACAUCAAAAGGAUAUAAUUUUGGUAAAGGAAAGGCUGUUAGUCCGUUUAAUGGUGCACAUAGUGGCGAUGUUAGUGAAGAUGAUGACCAGAGUUUUAUGGAAGAUGGGAAUGUUGAGAACUCUACUGGUACUAAGGGCAAAAAGGGGACUCCAUGGCAGCGAAUGAAAUGGACAGAUAAUAUAGUUAGGCUUCUUAUUGCUGUGGUUGCUUGUGUGGGUGAUGAUGGUACGUUUGAUGGUGUUGAGGGCCUUAAGAGGAAAUCUGGGCUUUUGCAGAAGAAAGGUAAGUGGAAAAUGGUGUCAAAGCUAAUGAUUAGCAAGGGCUGUCAUGUUUCGCCUCAACAAUGUGAGGAUAAAUUCAAUGAUCUGAAUAAGAGGUAUAAGAGGUUGAACGAGAUUCUUGGGAGGGGAACUAGUUGUAUAGUGGUGGAGAACCCCGCUCUUAUGGACUCAAUGUCUCAUCUUUCAUCCAAGGCAAAGGAUGAUGUCAGAAAGAUAUUGAGCUCAAAACAUUUGUUUUAUAAGGAAAUCUGUGCUUACCAUAAUGGGCAAAGAAUACCCAAUUGCCAGGAUCUUGAUCUACAAGGUUGUUCAUUACCUCUUGAGAGUUGCUCAAAAGAUAAUAAUGGGUCAGCUGAAGAUGAAGCCGAGGGAGAUGAUGACAGUGAUGAUGAUGAGUCAGAUAAUGAAGAAGAUAAUAAUGCUGAUGAGGAUGGGGAGAGGGUGGGCCAGUUGUGUGAAGGGAAAGUGAAUGACGAGCAUGCCCCCUUUGUAUCACCAUGGGAGAGAAAGGAGUGGAUUAAGAAGCAGAGGCUGCAACUCCUAGAGCAAAAGGUAAACAUCCAGGCACAAGCUUUUGAACUUGAGAAACAACGAUUCAAGUGGUUGAGAUACUGCAGCAAGAAAGAUAAGGAGUUUGAGAGGUUGAGGUUGGAGAAUGAGAGGAUGAAACUGGAGAAUGAGCAGAGUGCUUUGCAACUGAGGCAGAAGCAACUGGAAAUGGAUUUUAGGACUUCAGAACCAUCAUUUGACCCUGCUUGCCUUGGUAUUGACAGAGUGCAAGGAAGAGAUCAAAUUGAUCUGGGCAGGCCUCAAUAG